AUGAACGCUUCAUCCAACAACCCACCCGCAGCACCUGGUCGUGCAUCGACCCCAUCAAAUCUUUCCGCACCCUCCGCCACGGGCGAACGCAGGAAGAGCGCCGCAUAUGACUCCGCCCCAAGCCAAGGUAUCUGGGAGGCAGACAGGGAGAAGAAGAACCAAGGCUUUUUGAAGAAGUUGAUGUCCAACAAGCUCGCUCCGAGCUUUUUGAAGUGA